GAAAAAAAACCCUAAGACCAAAGAGAUCAUCAUAAAAUCAACACACUAUUUUUGUUCAAUUUUCAUUUCCACCUAUGUUUGCUGUCUACACACACUGAUCCGUCGUCAACCGCCGCUCAACCGGCUGAACCGCCGUCGGCCACUCACUCGCUCUUCUGAGCUUUUGCUUGCAGCGCGUGCUUUCUACUUCCUUUUGUUGACACUCCAUUCUUAUCUUAGAUAGAGGAGGGGUUGGAAUAGUGUGUGACCACUGAAUGACUUCUAUAGUCUUGGGGAAAAAAUCGGGAUAAAUCAAGUUGCUACUAGCAAAAAAGAUUUCACCAUGGCUUCAACAUCUCCAUGCUCUGUAUUGAAUGACUCCAUAGGCAUUUUAUGAAGGAUUCACUGCUCACGUAAGCAUAAUCGCAACCUGAUCUUGACUAUGGACCAGUACGAAAAAGUUGAGAAGAUUGGUGAAGGAACCUAUGGUGUGGUUUACAAGGCCCGUGAUCGUGUUACUAAUGAAACUAUAGCUUUGAAGAAGAUUCGUCUGGAGCAAGAAGACGAAGGAGUGCCAAGUACAGCUAUACGAGAGAUUUCUCUCUUGAAAGAAAUGCAGCAUGGGAACAUUGUCAGGUUACAGGAUGUAGUACACAGUGAGAAGCGUUUGUAUUUGGUUUUUGAAUACCUGGACUUGGAUUUAAAGAAGCACAUGGAUUCUUCUCCAGACUUCGGAAAAGAUCUACACCAGAUAAAAAUGUUUCUUUAUCAAAUUCUCCGUGGCAUUGCUUAUUGUCAUUCUCAUAGAGUUCUUCAUCGAGAUCUAAAGCCCCAGAAUUUAUUGAUAGAUCGCCGCACCAAUGCACUAAAGCUUGCAGAUUUUGGACUGGCCAGAGCAUUUGGUAUUCCAGUCAGGACCUUUACUCACGAGGUGGUGACCCUCUGGUACAGAGCACCAGAAAUAUUGCUUGGAUCUCGUCAAUACUCUACCCCUGUUGAUGUGUGGUCAGUGGGAUGUAUAUAUGCUGAGAUGGUGAAUCAACGACCUUUAUUUCCUGGUGACUCUGAAAUUGAUGAGUUGUUCAAGAUAUUCAGAAUCUUGGGUACUCCAAAUGAAGAUACAUGGCCUGGUGUCUGUUCUUUGCCUGAUUUUAAAUCUGCAUUUCCUAAGUGGCCUUCAAAGGACUUGGCAACUGUUGUUCCAAAUAUUGGGUCAGCUGGUGUCGAUCUUCUUUCUAAAAUGCUUUGCAUGGAUCCCAGCAAAAGAAUUACAGCAAGGAGUGCUCUCGAGCAUGAAUACUUCAAAGAUAUUUCAUUGGUGCCCUGAAUCCUAUUUCCAUUUAUCUGGCAGACAAUUGGCUUUAUUGUAUGCCUAGAAAUCUUGUGGAUUUUGAUGUGUGAGAAUUGUGUGCUUGUGAUUUUUUCCCUCAAAUUCUUUGACAUAGUUCUGGUAAUGUUGAUUUGAUCCUUUAUCUGAUAUAUUAUUAGCCUCAUAGGAGUCUGCGCUAUGGUCUCCUCUGCCUCCUGAAAAAUAUACAUAAAGUUGUUUGUAAUUGACCAUCCAUCCUUCCAUGUUUUUUUGAAAAUCAAUUACUUUUCCCGAGGAAUGGAAAAAUAUUUUGAUUUGUUCUAUA